AUGGACCACUCCAGAUCCUCCAACGGGUCGCCGUCGCUGCCAUACAACGGCCGGCGGUACGCGGUCCCCGCCGCCGCCAGACGAGCGAGAAACGCGUCCGCCGACAAUAAAGCGGAAACGUCAGUCGACACCAGAGCUCCCAUGGCGCCAAUCAAAACAGCUCCCAUGGCGCCCACCGAUUCCACGGCUCAAGUCGAGCACGCCGGUUCCCUCAAGAAGGUCAUCACGACACGACAGUUCAUCUUUAUCAGGGCGUCGAGCCGCCGCAGCCCCAUGACCAGCAAAAUGGGCUUCAGCAGGGAACUCAGUCGUCCCAAGGCUCUAAUUCGCCAACACCACCAGGUCACGCCGGAGUGGCCUCUGGUAGCUAUCAGCAAAUGCAGUGAGACGCACAUGUAG